CUUCCUUUGAAAAACAAAAAGAAAAACAACUGAUGAAACAAGAAGGAAAUAAAUGUUGGAGGUGUUUUUAUCCUAAGGAAGUGUUUAUUCAAAAUUUUAUUAUGGGGGAGACAAGGUUUUCUCGCAUCCGUUAGCAACCCCCUCGUCACGUCGUGAUGGAAGCCUCUAAAUAAAUAAAUAAAUAAAUAAAUAAAUAAAUAAAUAAAUAAAUAAAUAAAUAAAUAAAUAAAUAAAUAAAUAAAUAAAUAAUAAAUGGAUGGAUGAAUGAAUGAAUGAAUGAAUGAAUGAAUGAAUGAAUGAAUGAAUGAAUGAAUGAAUAGAUUCAUGGGCCUUUUUGUAACCGAGUCGUGUUCCUUUUUGUAACUUUGUUCCUUUUUGUAACCAAGGUUUGGUUACGAAAGGGAACAGUGCUCCUUUUUGUAACAUAGGCCAAGUUACAAAAAGGAGCAUAUGUUCCUUUUUGUAACCAUGUGCUCCCUUUUGUAACAUUUGUGAUCCUUUUUGUAACCUAAGCCAAGUUACAAAAAGGAGCACAUGUUCCCUUUCGUAACUUUGGGUGUUCCUUUUGGUAACCUUAGAAAAUAGGGCUAAAUUCAGAAACUGAAUUCUACAGUAAAUAUCCAAACCCUAUUUAAACGACAAAUAAAACGUUUUAUUCUUAUCUCCUACAUUGUAUGAGUACAUUUUAGUGUAACAAUAAGUUGUAGAAUAAGAUUGAUAAUGUCGGUGCUCCAUCAUUUAUAUCAUCAAUAAUACGCAGCCAGUGACAUCCUUGCUUCUAUUUCAUUCCCUGAAUUUGUUUUUAUUUAAUGAUAUACAUCGAUACACAUUUUUGUCGAUUCAUGAGCGUUUUAAACACUAAAAUAUUAAGGUUUACAUCCCACAUUGAGAGGAGUAUGCAAGGCUCAAUCGAUAACGUCUUUCCCUCAUUUUGAAGUCCACACGACGGUUAGAGGUAAUUUCCGCGUUUGCUUUCUUUAUGGUGCCCCAACACCAUGCGGAUGAAUUGCUCUGGAUAUUUGUAUGGGAGCCCCCCUUAGCUCCCUUGAAUAUCCAUUAACACUUGUGAGGGGCAAUAGGGCGAUUUAGGCCCUAAAAAGGGACGCCUGUUGCGCAGGUUAUGAUUACCAUGCUCUGUUUCUAUCAUAAGAUGGCUAGCUGUGACCCAGUCAAAAUGAAGAAAUCAUAUAAAAGACAGAAACAUCGCUGUCCAGUGCCUGCCUGUCAGAAAGAGGUGAUUCACCUCCCUCGCCAUUUGAUAACAGUGCACAAAUGGAGCCGCGAAAAGGCAUUAGAGGCACUGUCUGUGUUCGACCUUAGGGCAAAAAGAACGAAGUCAGAGGCUGUCCCAGAGCAAAGAGCCAAGCGGACCUACAAACGUCGGGUUUGUUCGUUCCCAGGGUGCAACCUGAUCGUGCGAAGGUUGCACAACCACCUGAAUGCAAAACAUAAGUUAAGUCGACACGACGAGAUAUACAAACAGCUAUUGAAAGAAUCGCGAUGGGAAGAGAUAGGCGAAGAUUUCCAGGAAGAGUGUGUAGUAGAGAUCUCCUCUGACACCGAGUCCGAGCAAGAGCCCGAUCCCCAAAGCCAGAGCCAAAGCAAGGGCAAGGGCAAGGGCAAGGGCAAGGGCAAGGGCAAGGGCAAGGGCAAGGUCCAAGGCCAGGGCCAGAGCCAGAGCCAGAGCCAGAGCCAAAGCCAGAGCAAGAGCAGUCAAUCCAGUACAAUGUCAUCUAAUGAAGAAGAAAUGUGCCUCCAGGAAAUCCAUAGAAAAUCCGAAAAAGCCAAAGCUAUAAUGAGAGGAGGUCAAGUAGAUCAACACAAAUACAGCUCAAGUGAUGACGAUAGUGAUGAAGUUAUCCCUUCAUCGCCGAUAGGAAAGAAGAGAAGCAUCUUUCCUAAGCGCGCGCUAGCCGAUAUUCACAGCGACACUCAAAAGGUUAUCAAGAAGAGAACAACUGGGGGAUUGGGAGGAGAACAAUCUUCACCGACACUAUGGAAAGCAACUGCAGCAGGCAAUAGCAAGGAAAAGGAUGACUUAUCAACGUCGAGCCCAGCAGAGGAGAUAGAAGAGAAAGACUACGAGCCAGAUGGCGAAGAUGAGGAUGAAGACGAAGAUAAUGAAGGUUGUGGUAAUGAUGAUGAGGAUAAUGAUAUCGAUGUUACCGAUGAAGAAAAUGAAUUGACGAUGAAGGCAGAAACGCUGAUGAAAGAUGAUGAAGGCAGAAACGAUGACACAGAUAAGAUAUUGGACGCAUUUUUACAAUGGCUUCAAGGUAUCGAUGGAGGUAGAGAGUUGCGUACCGCUAAGCAAUAUGUUGCUUAGGUUCACGCAAUCAUCAAGGAUGUAGAUCCAGAUGAGCUGCGCAUCGACAGAAUCCUGAAUAAGAAGCAUCUUCGAGACAAAUGGUUACAGAAAUUGGAACGUAAUAGGAAGCCAGGGACCUGCAAGGCAUAUUUAGGUUCAUUAUCAAGAUUUAUCCGUUUCCUUGUUGUGGAAAAGUUAGAAGACCUAAAGCUAACAGAAGAGCAUGUGACGAAGGUCAGAGUGCAAGUCCAAGAGUGGUCGGCUUCUUUUAAGAAGCCGUUCAAAGAAAGAAGAUGGGAGAAGCAUCAAGAAGACCUAGAGAAACUCAUAACCCCGGAGGACGUCCAGAAGUUUUCAAAGUCGGCUUCAGUAAGAGCGGCAAUCUCGACACUGGGAAGAUACAUGGAAAAGGAAGGGUCCCCGGGUCAGACAGACUUUUGUACUGUCAGAGACCAUCUCAUCACUCGCCUAUGCAUCGAGAAUGCAUGUAGAGCUGGCCCGAUCGCAAAUAUGACUUUGCGGGAUCUAGAUAGAGCCACGAAAGACGGCGAUGAAAUGAUUGUCACCAUUUUGAAGCACAAGACAUCUGCCUCGGCAGGCCCAGCCCAUGUAGUGCUAAGUCCCACAGUCUUCACCUGGCUAAAGGCGUAUGUAAAAUACAUGAGAAACAAGGUCAGCGGAGCAGGAACAGAUCCCGAUGAGAAGGUUUUCAUCAGCUUCACAGUGAGUGAGAUGACAUCAUUUAUGAUAUCUGCUCAACUUAAUUCCUUGUGGCAAAAGGCUGUCGGGAAGAUUAGAGUAAAUGCAGCUUCAUUCCGUAAAGCAGCUGUUUCAGUGGUCCACGAAGAGCACCAACAUCUGAGGAAGGACCUAGCCGACUUAUGGGACACAAUCAAAAGACCGCCGAAAAAUUCUCGUUAAGCAGAAGUCUAAGUCGGCUGCAAAACCCUUCUGGCGCUCAGAAAUAUCAUGUAUGCGGAAGGGGCAUCACAUGUAGAAGCAAGUGAAGCCCUGUCUGUGAAGAAUGGGGAAGCAGAAAAGUCUGGUCGUCACCACUGGACAGAGAAAGAAGAGGAGGCUAUCGAAAUGGUAUUUAAGGGUGCCAUUGAAGAAUGCAAGCUUCGGUUAGAUGCCGUGAAGCAAGAAAUACCCAAGCACCCCCCUUCUGGCGCAUAUCGACGCCUUGAAGGUUUACGAUAAAGUAAGGAGAUUGAUGAAGAAAGAAAAUACACAAGCGAGCCCUUGCCUCCCCACAGAGAAAAUGACCCAACAAGAGAAGAUGGAAAGAAUGUCGGGUCGGGAAGAUGCUGAAGAAUCAUGCCUCAAGAGUAAGGGGUCUCAAGUAUUUACAGAUUCGCAGUCUAAUCUCUGUCUGCGACUGUUUCAUGAUCUCCUACACAACAAUGACAGGAUCGAGAGAAAAGCCUUGAUGGAACGAGUCAUGAGAGAUGACGAGGCCAAGAAAGAGUUGUCUGCGUUUACUCCACAACAACUUGCUGACAAGGUGCGUGCAGAGCGCAACAAAGCUAAGAAGUCAAAGUAGUAGAAACAAUCUAAUGACCACUCCAGGCAUUUUCAGCCGUUUUCAGCCGCGUUUGUAGUAAGUUCAGUUGUUAAAAAUGUUUGCGCAAGAGAAUUCGAAGGAUUCACUAAAAUUGUUGUUAAUGACUUGUUUGUUCAUACGGAACACAGAGACAUUAUUAUACUUAAAUGUAUAUAAAGAGGCGUUGUUAUACUUGAAUGUAUACACAGAGACGUUAUUAUACUUAAAUGUAUACACAGAGACGUUAUGAGCAGCAACAGCAAGCGACAUUAUUAAUAAAGCUGCCCUGUAAAGCUGUAGUAUGUUUCUAUGAGUACACCCAUCUCUGAGCACUUUCAAUCCGUGUGUAGUUUGAGGAAAGACGAAUAGUAGAUUAUGAUUUAAGGCCAGUUUGAGUUAUCCGCUUUCCUAGAGGCUGCUAAAAAUUGCAAAAGUCAAGGAAAUAGCGAAAACCUUAUUCUGAUACAGCACACGAAUGAUGCAUUUUACCCAGUCUCCAAGAAUCGUCAUAUCUCAGUCAUUUUAAUUCAAAGAGCUAUUUAACUCAGGAAAAGCAAAUACGAAUAGCAUCUGAUGAUUCUUGUUAGGCUUGCUUGUGUUAUACGUCUUUCAAGAGGCUGCAAAGAAGCUGCAAAUAUCGAAACAAUAUAGCGGGGAAUUCAAAAUGUGCCUAUUAUCCUUGGAGAUUUGACCAAAAAACUGAAACACAGAAAAUGAAAAUACUAACAAGUACUCUCUGAAUCGAAUGGUUGUCUAUCCCUGCUUCAGUUUUUAGUUGUUUCACCAUGAUUUUAAACAUAAAUAAACCUAAUUUUUCUGAUAAUUGUUACACUAAAAGAGACAUGAUUUUCGCGGUCGUUCCUUUUCGUAACCUGACAUAUAUUUCAAUAAAAUAUUAUUGUGAUCUCACAUAUAUAUUUCUUUGCUAUAAACAGACCUAUAAAACAUUAUCAAACCUAGAAUUGCAUAGAAAUAAAAAUCUUUUUAAAUAAAAUACUUUUUUAUCCUGCACUAGUUAUAGCACCCCAAAAUGUUCCUUUUUGUAACAUUUAAGCAUUUUCAGCGGGUCAAGGAAAAAAAUCAAAAAAGCAAUUUCUUCCACGUUCUUGCUUUACUUCUUGGAUAUGUUCCCCACCAAUAUUUGAUCUCUUUUAUACAUGCAUAAGCAAAAAGAUCCACCGCUUCAUUGGGUAUUUAUUUCAAAUCUCUCGGGCCGGAUAGAAAGUGCCAAAAUUUGAGUAUUUUUGGAUUCGCCUCUGAGGCCAAUUUCGCUCGAGUUUUCUUUAUAAAUCAUUUAUAUUUAGGUGAAAUGUAACCAAGUUUUGAGAGAAUCUUCCUUAACUAUCCUUCUAUGCGUACAACGAGUUGAGGGGCCUCAAGCGGAAGAACUCGAUCGAUUUUACGCUUUUUUGUGAGGUGACUUUAACUGCGUUAAAUUUGAAUCUUAUGAUUGGCACGGGUCACCAUAAAGUCCAUUGAUCUGAGCACGGUCUUGAAGCCUCGAAAAUUCUACACAAAUCAAAGCAGGUUAGGAAGCUAGGAGGGGUAUGCUAAAGUCCAGAUAGAUGAUAUAUCCCGAUGAUACAGCGUGAUUUCGGUUUUUCUGUAUUUUUGUUGGCUGAAACCUAAAGGGUGUUCCUUUUUGUAACAUUUUGCUCUUUAACUUUUAAUAUCAUCGCCAAUUUUUAAGUUGGGUUUAUUUAGUUUUCACCAUCCAAUAUCUGCUUAAAAAUCUUCCUAUAGAUAUAUUCGCUAUGAUUUAAUGAUGUUCCUGAUUGAAAAGGGGUGAAGUUGAAAAAAUGUUACGAAAGGGAACCACGAUGAAUCUGUGAAUGAAUGAA